AUGGAAGAUUUUCUAAAAACAUUUCAAAAAGACAAUGUAAUAGAAAGAAAAACGAUCGAAUUCUUACUAGAUGAUAAAGGAUCAUUAGAACUAGUAAUAAAUAAAUUACUAUCUAAUAGUAGUAAUACUAAUAAUCUUGAAGAUAUAAAGUUAUAUUUAGAUAAAAUAAACUACUUAAGAAAUAACGAAGUAUUAAAAGGACACUUUAUUAACAAUGAUAUAACACAAUUAGAAAACUCAAAAGUAGAAAGUUGUAAAAUAAGCACUAACAAAAUAAAGAGGGAAGAUCAUAAAACUAGUAUAUCAAACAAUAAUAAAGUAAAAAGAGUUAAAAAUGUUGAAAGUAUAUUUUAUAAUAAUAUUUACACGCCCAAAGUAGUAGUAAAUAAACCCAAUAAACUAGUUACACCUACUUGUUUAUAUCUACCCUUACAGUGUAAUAUAUGUGGGUUGAGGUAUAGUGAGUAUGAUCAAUUAAAAGUACAUAUUGAUGAUCAUAGAAGAAGAUCACAAUCAACAUCGGUAGUAAUAUUAAGAAGAGAUUAUUUUAUAAAACAAAAUGUAAAGACAGUAAAAAGUAAUUUACAAUUUCCUAUAAUUGAAAACAGUAAGUUUAUUUGUAAUGAAGACUCACCUGUUUGUAAAGUUUGUAAUAAAAGAAUAAUAAAGUUUUGGGAUGACAUAAAUGAGAAUUGGAUAUUAAAAGAUUCAAUAAAAUUAAAUGAUGGUAGUUACAUGCAUAAAAAAUGUGUUAAUUAA